GGCACCUAUUUGUAUAUUAUUUAUGAAAGCAUUUUGAGGUAUUUAAAGUGCAGUUGUCUGGAUUGUGCAGCAUGCAUGGGCAUGUCAUCUUGUUUUCCAUUUGUUAGGCGCAAACAGAGAAACAACUUAGAAAUUUUUCUCGUCAUCUUGGGAUUGGAUAACGCUGGAAAGACGACAACAACGCGCAGUAUCAAAGGAGUUUCAAGUGAAUUAGUCGCCCCGACAAUUGGCUUUGAUCGUAUUGAAUUCGCUAUAGAUCGAUUUAAUAUUAAUCUUUAUGAUUUGGGUGGUGGCAAAACUAUACGUGAUAUCUGGGAGACAUAUUUUGCUGAAGUCUAUGGAGUUAUAUUUGUCGUAGAUUCGAGUGCACCGGAAAGACUUGAAGAAUGUCAUGAAGUGUUGUGUAAUCUACUUGCUCAUCCGUGUAUUUCAGGCAAACCGGUUCUUUUAUUGGCAAAUAAACGGGAUAUUAAAGAUGCACUGGAUGAAUCAGAGCUUAUAGCGGCUCUGCAGUUGGAUGAUUUAGUCAAUCAAUAUCAUUGUCCUUGUCGAUUGGAGUAUUGCUGUGCUUUAUUAUUACCUGGUAAAAAAUUAGAUAAAGCAAUUCGUGAUGGUUUACGAUGGCUACUCAGGUAUAUCGAAUCAGAAAUAACCACACUACAAUCACGUGUACACGCUGAUAUGGCUAGACAAGCAAGAGAACAAGCAAUUGAACGUGAAGCUCGAAAAGAAAGAGUUCGCCUAGCUAGAGAAGAAAGAGAACGUUUGGAAAAAUUGUCUAAUCAUAAGAAUAAAAAAAUGCAGCCUAACAACACACCUGUAUCAGAUAGACUUCAUAAUGAUAUUGGUGACAUUAUGACGGAUGAAAGCAUUAAUAUUGAAUUAUCUCAGGUAGUGGGAACUACUACAACAGGUGAUUAUGAAGAACAACUACCCAGUAUAAGUGAAUCAGAAGACAAAUCUAUUCGAUUCUCUGAAAUCCCAGAACCUAAACUAUGCAGAAAUAGUCAAUUUUUGCCGAGUACAUCAUUGACAGAUAAACAGAAGACAAAUAAUCAUCCAUUAGCCUGCUCACUGUUAAAUUCACGUGAAUUAAUGCAUCAGAUCCAACUGGCAUGCAGUAUUGAUGUUGACUUCACUGAGAGAAAAAUUAAUCUCAAGGAAGAUAAACAAAGUUUAAUAAUCGAUGAAAAUAUUGACCUUGAAUCUACUGACGACGAUGAUGAUGAUGAUGCUGAUGACGCUAAAGAAGAAAAUAGGCCAAAUGACAAUACUGUAAUGCCUUUACAAGAAAAUGAUACAAAAUCACCAACACAUUUCUCAAUACCACCACCAUUUUAUGGUCAUCAGGUUAAUACUAAAGGGGACAUUGUCGAACGGGAAUGUGCUAAAGAUGGCUUUCUGUCCAUAAGCAGUCCAAAAUCAUCUACUGAAGUACCUGAAGUUGAUCCAGAUUUGAACAAUAAUAAUAAUGGUAAUAAUGUCCAGUGUUUAAGUAUGACACCGGCAUUAAUAAAUCCAUUGUAUGAGAAGAAGGUGAACAAGAAGACGAAGAAUCCUUCAGUUUCUGUUAUCCGAUGAUCUAUUGACCUGAUCGAUGGAUUGAUUCAUUUAUAUAUAAAAUAAACUACUGAUUUAUGUAUUUAAUAGUAAUCGAUACAACAUCGUCUCCCUCUUGUCAACUUUUUUUCGAGUUAGUCCAGUGAACGAACCAACACAUUUGGUAAGAUAAUCCAAGAGAAUAGCAAUAAUCACGGCUUCCUGAAAACAACAUCCUCAUUGUCUAAAUCGAUCAAAGCUGGUCCAUCGUCAUUAGCACGUGUUUUACCACCAAAAUUGAAUAAAUUAUAUCCGAUAACAACAACCACAACGCCAGCAAAAAUAACAACAACAACAAGACAGUUGACAACUUCAUCCCCUACAUCAAAAUCAUCUCUAUCAUCUGGUGGAACACUACAGCUGACAUCAACAACUACAGAGGCUUUAAAAAAACACAAUCUAGUCUAACAUAUCUAUCAAAGUGUGAUUGGAAGCAGUCAAAAUAAAAACAGUUGUACAUGAUAUAUAUAUGUAUAUCUAUCUAUAUAUUUAUAUCUCAUUUCAUAUAUCUAUACACAUGUAUAUUUUGAAUUGGAAUAAAAAUUGUAACGGAAGCACAUCACUGUAACAAAAGUUCAUUUUUGUGUUUGUUCAAUGUGUGUUGAUUUGAUUCGUUGCCUUCAAAUACAAACAAACAAACAAACACGCCUUUUUUCUCUCAUAUUGCUAACAGUUUUUUUUCUUUUUUUAUUCUUUGAGGCUUUUAUGCUUGGAGUGAGUGAUGAAUGUUUUACCAAAUAAGGGGGUGACAAUUGUUCUUCUAUUACUUGUGAAAUGUUAUUCAGAUAGAGAGAAGGUUAGAUUGAUGAGUGACCAAUGACCCACUCGUCCAACUGGGAUUCUACUCAAGUGAUGGCCUACCUUUAUUACGUGUAAUGUCAUUCGACGGUCUCCUUCCUCGUUGUAUGCUCGAUCAAUCUACCUUCAAUCCAUUUCUCCUACAUAUUUGUUGAGUAAUCGGCUCUUGCCUGUUGCUUAGUUCCAUGUGAAGAAUUUCUUGUUACAAAUUCUUUCUGGUAGAGCUUUUGAUCUUCAGUAUUGAGCCAGUCAGUCAGUAAACGUGGCAGUUGUUGGUAAAAGUCUACAUCUCGUGACGCACUGGCCAAGUUUUAGAUCCAUAAAGUAGAAUUGACUGACUGGAUUCAUAUUUUUGUUAAAAAUCCGAUUCUUGUUCUUUAUGCUGGCUAAGUUAUUGCAGAAGAUUUGCAAACUGGUUUCAGGUUGAUGAAGGCCUGCGUAUCUUGCUUGUCUUCCCCAUUCUGGUUGGCUGGGUAGGCUCUGACAUCUUCAUUCGUGUAAUCCACCUGUGAUUAGUGAAUAAACGUUCUGGGAGUGCACAAAAAUCCAACAGAAUUCACUAUAGCCAAUAUUCUAUGAAUGAAUACUUAGUUAGUAGCGUGCAGAUUGUUAACUGAGGAACUCUUCACAGCUAUAACGAAAUGCUUUGUCAACAGCCUGUUUUGUUGAUGUUGAGAGAGUACUACUUUCCAAGAGUGUUGCCAAGUUUUUCACUCGCCUUUAACGCUGAUGCGAUUGUGUUUGCGUGUAUGUGGGAUUUAACACUUCUGACCUGCAGUUCAAACAUUCACACUUCAAUAAGCAUCCUUACAAAUAAGUGUGUAUGUGUAUGGCUGAUAAAUAACAAAGGCUUACUAUAGAAUUAACUCAAGAUUACCUAUAUAUGUGCAGACCAAGUUCACUUUUAACAGUUUAAAAGAAUUUGGCCAUUAGUAUUCGGUAUAUCGUAUUCAUUAUAAUAAAGGCUUUAUUUUGUAUUUCCCAAUGAGUGAAUGAAAAACAAAAAAGGAUAUUGUUGUCGUUGAUUUUACUGAUGACGUUUUGCUAUUUAAUGCUACUGCUGCUAAUAGAUUUAUCAUCAAAGGAGUAAUACUAAACCAGAGAAAUUUACAAAAUCCACUCAGCUUAUAUACAAUAACAACUUAAUCAUCGUUCCUCAGCAUGGCGGAUAAUUCUGUUUACGUUGUUGUCAAGUUGGCCAAUUGGUGAAGAUAACAAAACCAGGUGAGUAUAGAUGACUGUUGGAUUUGAUAAGUGUAUAAAAUCAUACAAAAGCAGCAUGUAUUUGCAUAACGAAAUUGUUUAUAACAUUCGUGUUCAUUUUGUCAUUCGAUGCGAGAAAUCUAGGGUAUUGUGUUGUAAUCAGGACAAAUUCUGUUUCAGUUCAUCAUUCUUAUUCAGUUCAGACAAUUUGGAUUCCAUUUGGUGAUAUGAAGUACUUCUAAUGAUAUGAGACUUUCUUUGUGAUUUUCCAAACUGUUUCUGGAUGAUGAUUUCAAUAUUUUCAAAAUCAAUUUUGUGACCUGAUUGAUUCUGUAGCUUAGCGUGGCGUGUAGACGGCCACCUGUGUCUGAUGAUUCUUCAAGCUUUUCUAGGUAACUGGAUUUAUUUCUCGGUGGUCGAACAGAUGCUCUACAACUCAUUUGUUCUGAUCCCCUUGAUUUCUCUCUAGCGAUGUUUUUCCGAUGUAUAUCAAAUCACAUAACAUUUCAAGCAUUUUAUUUUGUAGACGCAACUAGAUGGAAAAUCCUUAGGGAUUUGCUAUUUCAUGUGGACAAGGUUGCUUUGAAGUGUGCGUAUCUGGUGUUUUGAAUAAAACUUCGAUGUUUUGAUGUUGAGUACCCUUCUGAUAUCUUUCGUCUGAUGUCUCUGAUCUAUAUGUAAUGACAACUGUUCAGGUGCAUACAUGUCUUCGAUAUACGUUUUCGACCAUACAUUUAUUGUUGUUAGCGUUGAUUUUGCCGAUGAAGUUCUGUGUGUAGUUAUUUAGCUUGUCAGUCUCAGUAAUGUUUGAUAAUUCUUCUUCCUUCUCAUCCGUUAACAUCAAGCAGUGUGCUCAACUAAGAAGACUUGAAACAACUGAUACCUUUGCUCUGAUUAGAGUGUGCCGAUCCGAAUUCUAAAUAUUUAUUGUUGAAGUGAAGUUUGCCUCCCGAAUGAAUCUAGAUAUACUGAAAUGUCCGUUUUCCCUCCUCUUCACAGGACAGGCAGUCUAGUUAAUAAGAGGUAGUUCAUCAACGUCGUCUGAUUCUGCCUGCUUCCAAAGUGAACUGGAUGGAUGCUGUGAGGUAGAUUGUGCACAGUUUCUCUGCAAGAAUGAACUGUGAUGUAGAUCUCAUUUUAGCACUACACGCGAGUAUCAUCAACGUAUCAACAAUGUAGGCAUAUUUUAGGCAUGAUUAUGCUUGAUAAGAUGUCUAUGUGCAAUAAGGCAUAUAUUAAAGGGUAUAUUCCCUAACAAAAACAGAAGAUGGUCAGAUGACUGAUAUUCGAUUCACAUAGAUCGUAGUUCUGAACUGUUGAACAGGUCUGUGAAAUAUAGACUAAUAGAUUGAUUCAUGGAAUUUCAUUAAUCAAAAUGAAACAAACUGAUAUCGAGUACCAUUUCGAUAACCUUUACAACCAAAUUAUGCGUCUUUUGUGAAAUGUGAUAUCAUAUUACAAUUAGGGUUGGCUGAAUGAAAUCAAAGCCAUUUGAUAUUUGGAUGAGGCAAGAAGAACAACAAUAGUGCAUGUUUGUGCAGAAUAAGAAGAUGGUACCAUGAUUGUUUAUUUCGUUCGUUGGCUUCUUAUCAGGUCAGCUGCUGCUUACAGCCCAGAGUCAUUAUUAAGUAUAUGUACAGAAACAAUUUUAACAUGCUUGAACACAGAAUUCAUUUUUAAACAAAAAUCAAUCAAUCAGUAUAUGCAUACAACAAUAAUAAGCACUUUAUCUCAAAGAACAAUAAUCAUUAUACACAAAGGAAAUAUUCGACAUUACGUAAUCAGAUGAAAGAGAGGAUGAAAACAUCCAGUUACCAGGCAGAGCAGCGCAAGGUAAGACUGAUACUAACUGCUUCUUUCUGAACACAUAAAUCUGGUUUAUGGUGCUUGAUGGAGAUUGCUUCGGGAAGCUCAAGGAGAAUCGAAUUCUUUCGCACAUUGAUAGUUUUUAACGAUCUCGCGAUGUCCACCUCAUGACCCGUGUCAUUAGGAAUCCUCGAGACAACACUGUUCAAACAGAGCAUUAGUUCCCAGCUGAAGACAUAGGCUAUUUGGUACAUGAGAGUUAUAAGAUUUGAUAGUGUGAAAUAUUCCCAUAUUAUGAAUUAAAAGUCAAUCUGAACGAAGAAUAUUCUUUUCAAUAAUUUUCUUCAGGUUCUUACAAUUAUAAAAUAUAAUAUUUGUGGUCGUUACAAUAAAGAUAGCCAGGUAUGCGGCGGAUACAUUUUUUAACGUAGAAUAAC